GCGCUCCUCCCGCCGCCAUGGCGGAGCCGCAGGCCGGGCCGGUUUCUUCGUCGCCAGUGGUGGCGGGACCGCCAAAGCCCCAUCCUAAAAGAGAAAAUCCAUAACAGGAUGAAUCCAGUGAAGAGCGAUGAUAGCACAGCGCUGAUACAAACCUGAUGAUCUUCCCCCGAUUCUGUCGGAGUUUCCACUCCAGCGACUUCCUUAAGGGCGUGUUGUCAGAAAGAAAAAUCACGUUGUUGGAAGUGGGUUGUGCAGUCAAUCACUGGCCUCCGAGAGAGGGGGGAUCAGAUGGAUUCUCAGUCAAAACACUGCAGAGGAGCUGGCAUAUCCCUUCACCAAGCAGUUACACACGAGGAACUUCUGAAGGUCCGUAUAUUGGAAGAAAUGGAAAAUUGCUUUGCAGACAGCCCGAGAGAUGUGAUGCAUGCACUCAGCUCCUCCUACUGAGGCCAAGCUCCUGGCCUUCCUCUGUACAGAAAGCUUCCGAGUGGCCAUUUGUGUUCCAGUGUCUAAUUAGGGGAAAAAAGAAGAAAGGAGGCUGUUGUGUUCUCAGUCAGUGCCGGAGAUACCCGUCCUGGAGAGGAGGAACUGGUUCAUCUAUCUGCUGUAUGUUCGCAGAGAGUACGACGAGUGCAAGGCUGUCAUCAAAGAGCAGCUCCAGGAGUCCCAUGGGAGGUGCGAAUAUGCUGUCUAUGUUCAAGCUUUGAUAUUUCGCUUGGAGGGGAAAAUUCAAGAAUCUCUUGAACUCUUUCAGACAUGUUCCAUUCUGAACCCUCGAAGUGCUGACAACCUCAAGCAGGUGGCGCGAUCGCUGUUUCUUCUGGGGAAACACAAGGCUGCCAUUGAAGUGUACAACGAAGCAGCUAAACUUGAUGAAAAGGACUGGGAGAUCAGCCACAACCUGGGUGUGUGCUACAUGUACCUAAAACAUUUCAACAAGGCACGAGACCAGCUAAACAAUGCCCUGGAGAUGAACAGACAUGAUCUGACUUACAUGAUGCUGGGAAAAAUUCACCUCUUGGAGGGGGAGACUGAGAAAGCCAUCGAAGUCUAUAAGAAAGCAGUAGAAUUUUCUCCAGAAAAUACAGACCUCCUUACAAAACUGGGGUUAAUCUACUUGCAGCUUGGCGAUUACCAGAAGGCUUUUGAACACCUUGGAAAGGCACUCACUUAUGACCAGGGCAACUACAAGGCUACAUUGGCAGCUGGCAGCAUGAUGCAGGCCCAUGGAGAUUAUGAUGUUGCCCUCUCCAAAUACAGGGCAGUGAUCAGCAGCAUGCCUGAAAGCCCUCCCCUGUGGAACAACAUUGGGAUGUGCUUCUUCGGCAAGAAGAAAUAUGUCGCUGCUAUCAGUUGCUUGAAGCGGGCAAACUACCUGGCUCCUUUUGACUGGAAGAUUCUGUACAAUUUGGGCUUAGUUCACCUCACGAUGCAGCAGUACGCAUCUGCUUUCCACUUCCUCAGUGCUGCCAUCAACUUCCAGCCCAAGAUGGGAGAGCUGUAUAUGCUUCUUGCAGUUGCUCUGACAAACCUUGAAGACAUUGAGAAUGCAAAACGUUCCUAUGAGCAAGCUGUGGCAUUGGACAAGUGCAAUCCCCUUGUCAACCUGAACUACGCCGUGCUGCUGUAUAACCACGGGGACAAGAAGGGGGCCCUCUGCCAGUACCAGGAGAUGGAGAAGAAGGUCACUGCACUGAAGGAAAACAGCACUCUCGAUUUUGACCCUGAGAUGGUGGAGGUUGCCCAGAAGAUGGGAACUGCCCUGCAGGUUGGGGAGAGCCAAGUCUGGACGAAACCUGCUAAAGAGUCUAGAUCCAAGCAGCGAGCUGCUCCGUCAGGGAAGUCUGCCAGCAUGCAGCAGCAGUUGGGCUCCAACCAGGCCUUGGGUCAAGCCAUGUCCUCAGCUGCUGGCUAUGGGAAAAACAUGCAGCUUCCACCAGGUGCUGGAGCAUUAGCUACCCCUGCAAAGCCUCCCUCGCUGCCCCUGGAACCAGAGCCGGGCCCAGAGGAGACCUCAGCACCAGCAGAGGCCAAGGAGCAGCGGCAGGAGAAGCACAAGAGCCGUCAGGCAGCAGACUAGGAUGGACUUGAGGCAGUGGGGGCAGGCGUGGGAAAUUCCAAUGCUGCCUGACCUGUGGGACAGGGGACCUGUCCUCCUCUGACCUGGAGUGGCUUCACCCUGCUGUCAGUUAGUGUAGAUGUGGCAUUUCUGUCAGUGAUUUUAGCACGAGGUCUCUGCCUUGUCCCAGGAGUCGCUGCGGCAGUCAGAAGAGGACGCUACGUAGCUACUGUGAGUGCAGCCACACCGUACUUCCUCGGGAGUCGGGAGGAUGGAGGCUCCGCAGGGAGUGUGCAGCAGCACAGAAGUCAGCCAGUCCUAAAUUCCAAAUUCCUUGCUGAGAAACAAGGUGAAUGAGGCUCAGCAAAGCCCUGUGCUCCUGUGAUUAGAGUUCUUCCUUUCGGAUUAGUAUUGCCCAACAUGGGGGAAGGGAUGGUUUGCAGGGAAAAUAAAGAUCUUUUCUGAGAAGGCUUGUCAUGGUCAGCUUCAGUGCUGAAUUUGUUUUAGUAAAGCAGCAGCCAUGGUCUGAAGAACAGUUACGCCCUCCUUGUGAGAGAGUUUCAGGAGAUUCAGUUCUGCAAGCUGCAAGAAGGCAAAGCGGCCCCAUGGUGAGCAGAGCAAGGAAUCUUAAUGCCACUGUGCUACUGAGAUGUUUGGGAAAUGUUUUUAUCCUCAAAGAGAAAAAUCUUAGUCUUCCUUUCUCUGCUCCUGUCAGUUUUUUUGCAUCUGAGAUUUAUCCAGAGCUUGAUGCAGGCCCUCAGAACAACUGUGCUGGGGAAGUAAGCUGGGCCUGUCAUGCUUUACGUAAGGAACCAGUAACUGGGUUAAGUAAGCGUAGUUUUCACUCUUCUUCCCCUCUGCAUACAGAUAACUGUGCUGCUGUGGGACUUGGGAUUUCACUUUUCCAAACAGAAAGUGCAGCACUUGCUGCCCAAAGAAGCUGUAGCUUCAGGAAGGCUCAGCUCAUAUGCUAAUUAGGCUGAGGAACUUCUAAAAUACAGCUCCUGUUUUUGAAUGGUUUCAUAAUUAACACGUCCAGAGGAGUGAGGUUUGUAAUGGAAACUCUCUGCAGCAACCUGUAAAAGCAGUGUGACCACAGCCCUGGAUAUGUUAAUGUCCUCCAGUGAUGCUUUCUGGCUAGCUGCUUUUACCCAGAGCAAUGUUAAUGUGUUUUUAGGGUGCAGCAGGGACCUGAAGUGCUGUCCUGCUCCCCAGGGGCCACUAGAAGUAGAAUCCCUUUGCUUUGUCUGUUUUGACUGCCAGAACUGCCUGCUUACUUCAAACGUGGCUUCUUUUUGUUUCAUCUGUCCUCUGCUGGUUGGCUUUCUGUCAAUCCAUCCCUGCAGCAGCACUCCCGUAAUGCUUUCCUUGUGCUAGGAGCAAAAAGAAUCAGAGGUUUUGUGCAGCAGCCACCAACUGAAACAAACCAGACAAGCAGCAGUGUAAUUCAGGUACAGUGCAGCCAUUUUAUUUGCAUUAAAGUUUUUACACUGCAGAUUACUGUAGCGUAAGGGAAUACCUGCACAGGGGAGGCCGAGAGCAUAGAGCAGGGGUGGGCUGGGAACGCUCUCUAGCCCCUAAAACUUUUGCUCAAGAUGUAUUUUUCUGUAGCCAUUGCUUGUCAUUGUUUGGGCUUACCAUAAUGUGUGGCAGGUUUGGGAAGCUCCAGUGCAAGGAGCAGUGGGUGGAACGGAGUGGUCACAGCAUUGCUGAUACAGGGAGCUUUUCCCUCCAGCUACUUGUUGUAAGCAGGGUAAGUUAACUUUGGGACUGUGGCAUUAAGGAGCUGUUCUGGGGGAGCAGCCUCGUCCCACAGGUGGGAUGUCCCACAGGACCACUGCUUUCAGAGUACAGCCUGCCCAAGGCAUGUGAGGCUCUUUGCUCACCCAGUCCCACCUGUGCCAGCUGUUCUCUUCUUGGCUGCUAGGGGCUCUUACAGGGCAAGUGCUGUGUGUUACUCCAUGGGGUGCGCUGCUUAGGGAGGCACUGUAAAGGUGUUCGAAAUAUUCCCUCAAAGUUACAGAGCUUUAUGCAGAUUAUUAAUUCUUCUGUGAAAAAGAACAGUAGCACCUUGUUACUUUCUGGAUUUGAAGGGAGCUUCAUGUCUGAGGAAGUGUUUUUAAAUAUGUAAUUAUGUUGGAUAAUAAAUAUCACUGCAGUUC